AUGGAAGAGCUGACCUUACAUUGUCUUGCGUGGAAAGGGAGGCAGAGAAACGCAGCUAUAUCAACGCAUGCGCCGCUGUACACUCGUGUCAAAUGUCUUGUAGUUCUGGGCGCACCAGGAGGAAAGCGAAGGACGCUGACCCUCCGCUCGUGGCAGUCUCGAAGUGAAAGAGGCAUCGACCAAGAACACCGCCACUGUGACGGCAGAUUAUCUUGGCAGGGGAGGAAGAAGAUGAAAGAACUGAAGGAAAGAGUUGUGAAUACAUCUUUCUUCAGCAUAUCACAAGCUAUAUUCAGGCGCCGCAAGCAUCUCCUUCUGCUAUUUCUCGUCUGCCUGGUUCUGCUCCUGCAUUCUAUACUGACGAAUGUCAAUCCUCGAUUGACCUGUGAGCCACUAGAAUCUCUCGAAGAACUCGCCCGCAAGACUGGUGCUGCCGAAGGUGGACAGCAGCACAGUCGCUUGAUGGAGGCGCCACCGCGAGGAACACAUUAUCGGAUUGCUGGACGCAGUCUUGUGGACAGUGUUGACUGGUUUCAUCCAGCCAACCUCGGCCUUGAACUGUUCUCGCGGUCAAAUGCCACCCUCGAAGGUUAG